AGCGCAAAUGAAUACACGAAUGAGGAGCAUUUCCAAAAUUCCGCCUUGCUUUGGGAAAGGGGUAAUCGCCCUCUCGGAAGCAGACAUGGCGCACAUGUUGCGGGUCGUGCGAGCAGCGACGAGCACGGCUAGUCUAUAAAGUUCACGAACGUAAAAGACUGAGCUAACACAGACAAGUAUAUUUGUAGAGGCGCCUCUUCUGCAUCUGAGCGAGGAUGCAACUUUUCGCGUUGACUGCAAGGCUGUCCAGUUUAAGGUUAGCGGCGGCCCCACAGCGAUUACUGCCGUCAACUGCCGUUGCGUUUAGGGAUCUGCACACUACGGCCCAGCUUAAUGCGGAACCGCUUAAGAAGAAGAAACGACUUGACCCGGCCAUUCUUCGUAUGAGGGAAGAACGCAAGAAGCGAAGGAUCGAAAGGGGUAUCCGCCAACUCAAGAGGCAUGCCAAGAAGUACAAGCCAAUCGAAGAGUCGGAGGUCGCCCCAAAACUGCAAAAAGAGCUAGGAUUAAGGCACAGGGCGCCACCUGUCCUGGAGCAUGAGACAUGUCAGCUGCGAGAGGCGAUGCAGCGGGCCUGGAGCAUAUACUGCAUGCGGAAGCAUCAGAACGAAUCUGCCAUGCUGGAACGCAUCGUGGCCACACAGGAGAAGGCUUUGGAGAUGCUGAAGGAAGCCUCUGAAGAGUUGUACAAUGCGGCUGUGCAGACUGACAAUGGAUUGUUUCCUGCUCAGUUCAAGGCCAUAGUUUCUACUCCUCCAAUUGAGAAUUAUGAACCACCUGAUGGAAAAUAUGUUGACACCACAAAGAAGUGGAGACCCUAAAGUGCACAGCUGCUCGUUAAAAUAGAUGUACUGCACCAGUAAAUAUAGUUAUCUCCUGCAUUUUGUAGUAUCCAUUGCAGCUAUUACAGUGGUGGCUUAGUGGCUGCAGCACUCUGCUGCAGAGCACAUGGUCACUGGUUCGAUUCCUGCCUGCAGCGACCACCUUUCAAGACGAGUGACAUGCAAAACCACUUGUGCACAUUAAAAAAAUCCCAGGCAACCAAAAUUAAUCUGGAGUCGUUCAAGCUUU